AUGGCCACCACCAUGGUAACUAAAGCAGCUUUAUUCACCAUCUUGCUGUUUUACAUGUGCAGCACCUCAGCCGAUGCUGGGCCUGCUGCAGCUGGAGUUUGCUAUGCAGGCUGCGCCGCAGUUACAGUGGCAUGUUUUGCAGCUGCUGGAUUUACAUUCGGAACAGUUCCAGGAGCUCUUAUCGCAGCAACGCCAGCAUUAGCCGCGUGUAACGCGGCUUUUGGAGUAUGCGAAGCUGGCUGUAUGGCUGCUUUAUUCAUGCCAACACCGUAA